AUGCCUUCAGGACAGGGAGCGGGUACCAACCCUAUUCACAACAAGAAGCCCAAGAAGAAGGCUGCCGAGCUCGACGAGGACGACCUCGCAUACAAGAACAAGCUCGCUGCCGACAAGAAGGCGCGCGAGGAACUUGCUAAGACCGUCGGAAAGGGCAAGGGCCCGCUCAACACGGGAUCGCAGGGUAUCAAGAAGUCUGGCAAGAAAUAA